GGAGGCGGGGUCCUAGGCGAAGGUUUUACGCGAUCGCGUUGGCUAAGGCGACUUUACUAUCAGCAUGAAGCGCACUCAAACCGCUGAGGAAGAAGAGCGCGAAGCUAAGUGGUGGAGAAGACAGACUGUACAGAACUGAAGAGAUGCUUGUGGUAGAACAGCUGUGCAGACAGUGUUGUGGAUGGCUGUAGGAAAGCCACAAGCCACGUCUUUCCUAGAAACUGAGGCUUCUUGAGGAACUUGAAGAUACGUGUCUUCCUUAUCUGACUCCCAAAGAUGAUGAAUUCUAUCAGCAGCCUAUUGCAAUAUAGGAAGUAUCUCUUCUCCUAUCCAAUGUUUGGAUCAUGUUUUUGUUGGCAGCUGAAAUACCCUAAGCUGAUUCUCCGAGAAGCAGGCAGUGUGUCUGAGGAGCUCCAUAAGGAGGUUCAGGAAGCCUUUCUCACACUGCACAAGCAUGGCUGCUUAUUUCGGGACCUAGUGAGGAUCCAAGGCAAAGAUUUGCUCACUCCAGUGUCUCGCAUCCUCAUUGGGAAUCCUGGAUGCACAUACAAGUAUCUGAAUACCAGGCUCUUUACUGUACCCUGGCCUGUUGAAGGUUCUAAUGUAAGCUACACUGAUCCCGAGAUUGCUGCUGCUUGUCAAAUCUUCCUUAAACUCAAUGACUAUCUGCAGACAGAAACCAUUCAGGCUUUGGAAGAACUUGCUGUCAAAGAGAAGGCCAAUGAAGAUGCCGUGCCAGUGUGUAUGACCGAAUUUCCCAGAACUGGGAUGGGGUCAUCCUAUGAUGAAGUAGACAUGAAGAGCAGGACAGCAUACAACGUAACUUUGCUGAAUUUCAUGGAUCCUAAGAAGAUGUCAUAUUUAAAAGAGGAGCCUUACUUUGGUAUGGGGAAAAUGGCGGUGAGCUGGCACCAUGAUGAAAACCUGGUGGACAGGUCAGCGGUGGCGGUGUACAAUUAUAGCUGUGAAGACUCUGAAGAAGAGAGUGAGGAGUCUCAUUUUGAAGGCAGAGAUCCAGAUACCUGGCAUGUUGGUGUUAAGAUCUCCUGGGACAUAGAGACGCCUGGCUUGGCAAUACCCCUUCAGCAAGGAGACUGCUAUUUUAUGCUUGAUGAUCUCAAUGCUACCCACCAACACUGUGUUUUGGCUGGUUCACAACCUCGGUUUAGUUCUACCCACCGAGUGGCAGAGUGCUCUACAGGAACCUUGGACUAUAUUUUACAGCGCUGCCGGUUGGCUGUGCAGAAUGUCUGUGAUGAUGUGGAUAAUGGUGAUGUCUCUUUGAAAUCCUUUGAGCCUGCAGUCUUGAAGCAAGGAGAAGAAAUUCACAAUGAGGUACCUAGAGGAAGGAGGAAGAAGAAGGCAGUACCUAUGAAAAUGGACAAGACUCUUGAUUUGUUCUUUCACCCAAUGGUCGAGUUUGAGUGGCUGAGACAGUUUUGGUUUCAAGGCUGUCGAUACAGAAAGUGUACUGACUGGUGGUGUGAGCCCAUGACUCAGCUGGAGGGGCUGUGGAGGAAGAUGGAAAGGGUGACAAAUGCUGUGCUUCAAAAAGUUAAAAGAGAAGGGCUCCCCGUGGAACAAAGGAAUGAGAUGCUGACUGCCAUCCUUCCCUUGCUCACUGCCCGCCAGAACCUGAGGAGGGAGUGGCAAGCCAGGUGCCAGUCCCGAAUUGCCCGAUCUUUACCAGGGGCUCAGAAGCCACAGUGUCGACCCUACUGGGAGGAUGAUCCCUCGAUGCCUCUGCCCUUCGAUCUCACAGAUAUUAUUUCAGAACUCAAAGAUCAGCUUCUGGGAACAGAACCCUAGAAGGAGCACAAGUCUUCGGUGAAGAUUGAAAGAUAUGUGACUCUUUUUUCUCCAACCUUGUGCAAAGGCAGUGUAGACUUCGCUUAGCCCUUAGAUUGUACCUGAGUCCCAGUUCAAAACAGCUAGGAAAUGGUGCCCUUGAGGAUUAAAGUGUUGAAAAUGACACAGUGUUACAAUCUGAUUUAGGAACUUUCCCCCGAAAUAACUGUUAGCCACUCACAUUAAUUCAUGGGAGCCUUCCCCAGGGGCCAAGCCUAUGGUAAGCCUCACCUCCAUCCCCCUCCAUCAGCCUCCUCAGAGUCAGAGUGGACCCAGUAAUGGGAGCAACAGCUUCGCGGCAUCCUCCCAGCCCUCCCACCAUGUCCUCUUGUUCCUGUGGCAUCCAAUGUGGUGUCCCCAGCUAGCUGUGGCUGUUCUAAUUUAAACCCAGUUUUAAUUUUAAUUAAAGUUUAAUUAAAAUUUCCUUGUAUGACCUGAUCACAUUCAGGUAUUUAACAGCCACAUGUGGCCAGUGACUGCUCCUAUGGACAGCACAGCUGUGGCACGUCUGUCCCUUUAGGAAGCAGGCUACAGUUGGAUGAGAAGUCUAUAAAAAGCCAGAGAGCAGACAUUCCCUAUUCCAAUUCCCUGGAGCUCUUAUUCCCAUAAGAGCAGUUAGAGGGCAGCGACUCUCUGAUGAGUAGCUGCCUUCCCGUCUCCAAGACAGAGCUCAGUAAAAUCCUGCCUUGUGCCGGGGAACAGGGAGGUGCUAACAAAACCCAGCUGACAGCCUCUCUUCAAGGAGUGUCCCUGAUCUAGUGACCUGCACAGAGACCUGGCCUUACUUAUACUGCUUCAUGCUUACCCAGCAUAAGACAAUUUUUUCUAUAAUUGCCGUCUUCUUAGAUAAUGACAGGUGACAGUGAGGUUUGAAGAACCCCAGUGCUCCAUCCCAAUGACAUUGGAACCAGAAAGACCAUGCAGAGUGGAGACUAAACCAGGGAUUCAGUUUUAGAGUGCCUGGACUGGGAUGCCCAGGAACUGUGUGAUCUUAGCAGGUCACUGUGCCUCAGUUUCCCUUAGUAUGUGAAAGAACCACUCGCUUUGAUGAAGAUUAAGUAAUCUAUCUGCAUACUUAGAAUACUUUCUGGCACAGCAUUCAAUGCCCAGCAGAUCUGGCAUUGUCGUGCCAGCAGUGAGCUGCAAGUGGGCACCUUCCUCGUCCUCUACCCCUCUCCUGGUUUUGUCUCAUGGUAUCAUUAACACAACUCUCACUGUCUACCUUGGCUCCUGCCAUUUGGUGUCCCCAGACUGUGUGAGAACCACGAGCCCCUCUUCUCAGCCCAUCACCUUCUCUUGUCACUGUUGAGAAGCUACGGGGUCUCUCACAUGGAGACACACUUUAGGCACCCUCUUUCCAUCCAUCAGAAUCUCACCAGCUACAGAAAAGUUGUGUUCUCAAAGCAGUCAGGUUUUUUAUCAUGCUGAGACUCGAAUUUCUCAGACCUUAGAUUCCUUCCUUCGUGUCCCCGAGCCUCGAUUUCCUCAGUGAAAGAGAGGUGAAGUACUACCUCACAGGGUACGGAUAGAUUCAAUAAAAUAAUGCAGGUAAGGGGUAUGUGGCAUGCAGAAGUCACAGGCUAGGCCUCCUACCCUGGGCUGUCCAGCCCCGUGCUCUGUUUCGCUCCCACAAUGUCUGUUCUUUGUUAUAGUUCAUCAGAUAUCAAUCUUUCCAGAUUGGGAGAUUUCACAUCAGAUUAAAUACCUCUAUUCACUUUAGAACUCAGAGCAGUCAGUGGCCCCAGACCUCCGUCCUAGCAUGGCAACACAUGAAACAGUGUCUUCUGGCGCAGAAGCAGGCUGUGGCCCUCAGUGGUUUGCGGUAGACCCCGUGGCUCUCUGUUACCAUUUACUGUGGACCUGACCUGCAUUACACGUCUGUGCCGGAGCUUUGCAGACCUUGCUUGCACCCCUGUAGGAGAAACGAGUAAUGUUUAGUGCUCACCCCAAUCUAUGUGUACCCUUGCUGAACUGUACUUUGAACUGCCUGUACUAAUGCCAUGUGCAUCAUUAAACAUUCGUGUACAAUAAAGAUACCAAGAAUAACAAACCAA